AUGAAAGUUAUGCAUAGAAAUGGUUCUGAUUAUCAAACUAAAUUUAUUCUCAUUGGAUUUACUUUUGAGCCAAGAGUGCAGUCAUUUUUUUUGGUCUUGUUUUUUAUUAUUUAUUAUACUUCUUUAUUAGGUAAUUUAGCAAUAAUUUUCACUAUCUGGUUGAACAAAUGUCUCCACACCCCAAUGUAUUACUUUCUUUUCAGCCUGGCAUUUUUGGACAUUUGGAUUAUAUCAACCACUGUUCCGAAACUUCUCACAAUCUUGGUAAGUAACAACAGAACCAUCUCUCUACCUGGUUGCAUUACUCAGCUUUACUUCUAUGCAUCCUUUGGCGCCAUGGAAUUGUAUCUUUUGGCAGUCAUGUCAGUGGAUCGUUAUGUUGCUAUUUGUCAACCACUGAGAUAUCAUUCAAUUAUCUCCAGGAGGACUUGUCUUUGGUUAAUUAUUUUAUCUUGGGUUACAGGGUUCUUUUCUUUCAUCUAUCCCAUAAUCCAGAUGCUUGAUUUCUCCUUUUGUGGUCCCUUUGAAAUAAACCACUUCUUCUGUGACUGCUCUGCUGUAGCAGAGAUUAGCUGUUCUGAUAUUACAGUAUUUUACCUAUUCUUUUCCAGCAUUGCCUCAGCUGUAAUUCUGGGUUCAUUCAUCAUAACUUUGUUGUCCUACUGCAAUAUUCUCAUCACCAUCCUGAACAUCCCAUCUGCUGAUGGAAAAAAGAAAGCUUUCUCAACUUGCACCUCACACUUCACUGCUGUCUCCUUAGUUUAUGGCAGCUCCAUCUUUAUAUAUGUGCGCCCUGCUGAAAGUUCUUCCCCUAACCUUAACAAAUGGGUUGCUCUUCUAAAUAGUGUCAUGACUCCUCUACUCAAUCCAUUCAUCUAUAGUCUACGUAAUAAACAGGUUCAAGAUGCCUUAAAGUUACUAUGUGUAGUAAAAGAUGAAUGA